AUGUCCAUCAUCCAGCAGCACACCUCCGCCACGCUCAGCGACGCCUGGCGGACCAUCAAUAUUGACGCCCUGCAAGAGGACUCGGCUUGCAACUUUGACACGAACACCCUGCGACCCCCGCAGCCCGAGAUUGGCGAGGAUGAGGUCCGACAGCUCGCCGGACAGGUACGGCAAUUGCUCCGCGGCGGGGAUGCCGAGGGUGCUUUGAGAGGAUGCCUGGAGUUUCCCGUCUAUAACGGACCUGACGGCGCCAAGGACGCCCACCUCCAGACUAUCACCGAGGUCCUUCAGUCCAUCAAGGCCUCCGAGAUGACACCCCUCCUCAAGUCUAUCUACGGCGGUGCCGGCGGCCCCGAGCUGCUCGACGUCCUCAUGAAGUACAUUUACAAGGGCAUGGCCGGAUCUGCCGGUUCGGGGGGACUGAGGUCGCCGCCGCCGCAGGCCGCGCCCAGCGGGUUCAGCCAGAUGGGAGGUCGCCCCGGCGCCACCAACGAGAACGUCGGUAGCGCGAUGAGCGUGUUGCUUAGCUGGCACGAGAAGGUUGUCGAUGUGGCUGGUUUGGGAACUAUUGGUCGUGUCAUGACGGAUUGGAGAAGGGUUUAA